AUGGCGUACAGUGCGAAACAUCCGGCUAUCCUGUGUCCGAAGCAUAGGUACACACAGCUCCUAGUCCACGAAUACCAUCUGCGUUCUGGCCAUCAUGGACACGAGAGGACAUUGAAUGAGCUUCGCCAGCAGUACUGGGUGACGACAGGUCGAGCAGCUGUGAAGCGAGCAUGGUCUGAGUGUCAAUACUGCAAGAACCAACGAGCCAAUCCCAAGCCACCUGUAAUGGGAAAUCUACCUGUCCAGCGCUUGACCCCGUUCCUGCGACCAUUCACGUUCACCGGGCUGGACUAUUUCGGGCCGUUGCACAUCAAGAUCGGGAGGCGCCGCGAACUACGCUACGGUGCGUUGUUCACAUGUCUGAGUACCCGCGCUGUACAUUUGGAAGUGGCUCACUCUCUGAACACUGAUAGUGCCAUCAUGGCAAUCAGGCGAAUGUGCGCCCGGCGAGGUUGCCCCCAAGAAAUCCACUCGGAUAAUGGAACCAAUUUCCGAGGAGCUGACAGGGAGCUGAAGGCGGCAUUGGAAGAUUUCCGCCAAGACCGACUAGCCGCUGAGUGUUCCAGUAAGGGCAUCUCAUGGCACUUCAACCCGCCACUUGCUCCCCACAUGGGUGGAAGCUGGGAGCGCCUCGUCAGAGCAGUGAAGAUCGCUAUGAAAUCCGUCAUGAAGGAGCGUGUCGUGACAGAAGAAGUACUAGCCACAGUCUUCGCUGAAGCCGAGCAACUCGUGAAUAGUCGGCCGCUGACUCACGUCUCAGUAGAUCCUGAUGAUGAAGAGUCCCUCACACCCAACCACUUCCUCAUUGGGUCCAGUAGUGCAACUAGUCGGCCAGGCGUGUUUGUAGAUGCUGAUUUGAGCCUGAGGAAGCACUGGCGGAUUGCACAGAAGAUCACCGACGAAUUCUGGAAGAGGUGGAUCUUGGAAUACCGGCCAGAACUCACCAGGCGGAGGAAGUGGCAGGACGGCACACCGUCACUGGCUGUAGGUGAUGUCGUGGUGAUCGUCGACAGCAACCAGCCACGAGGGCAGUGGCCUCGGGGCCGACUAGAGGCUGUACACCCGGGCAGUGAUGGCGUUGUGCGGGUGGCAGAUGUGCGCACCAAGUCUGGACUGUACCGGCGCCCAGUCGUUAAGCUUGCCAAGCUGGACGUGCUGCGCUAA